UGAGGUGGCUGCUGGUGUCCCUCUUCCCCUCCCCCACGGCCCGGGGGCCUCGCGGGGUGGCCGCCGGCGGUCGGGUGAGCGGCACCGCUGCCAUGACGUCCAUCAUCAAGCUGACCACCCUGUCCGGGGUGCAGGAGGAGUCCGCGCUCUGCUACCUGCUGCAGGUGGACGAGUUCCGCUUCCUCCUGGACUGUGGCUGGGACGAGAACUUCUCAAUGGACAUCAUCGACUCCCUGAGGAAACAUGUACACCAAGUUGAUGCAGUGCUACUUUCUCACCCCGAUCCUCUGCAUCUUGGUGCUCUUCCAUAUGCAGUUGGGAAGAUGGGUUUAAAUUGUGCUAUCUAUGCAACUAUUCCUGUAUAUAAAAUGGGCCAGAUGUUUAUGUAUGAUCUCUAUCAGUCUCGCCACAAUACAGAAGAUUUCACCCUCUUUACACUGGAUGAUGUAGAUGCAGCCUUUGAUAAAAUUCAACAACUAAAGUUCUCUCAGAUAGUGAACUUGAAAGGCAAAGGCCAUGGUCUGUCCAUCACACCAUUGCCAGCUGGCCACAUGAUAGGAGGAACCAUUUGGAAGAUUGUCAAAGAUGGAGAAGAGGAAAUUGUUUAUGCUGUUGACUUCAACCACAAGAGGGAGAUACAUCUGAAUGGUUGCUCCCUGGAAAUGUUGAGUAGGCCUUCACUGCUUAUCACGGACUCCUUUAAUGCUACGUAUGUACAACCCAGACGGAAGCAAAGAGAUGAACAAUUGCUAACUAAUGUCUUGGAAACGUUGCGGGGUGAUGGAAACGUGCUAAUAGCUGUGGAUACAGCUGGCAGAGUUCUGGAACUUGCCCAACUUCUUGAUCAGAUUUGGAGAACAAAAGAUGCAGGAUUAGGAGUUUACUCUCUAGCACUUUUGAAUAAUGUCAGCUAUAACGUAGUGGAAUUUUCUAAAUCACAGGUUGAAUGGAUGAGUGACAAAUUGAUGAGAUGUUUUGAAGACAAGAGAAAUAAUCCAUUCCAGUUCCGUCAUCUCUCUUUAUGUCAUAGUCUUUCUGAUCUGGCUCGAGUGCCAAGUCCAAAAGUCGUGCUUGCUAGCCAACCUGAUUUGGAAUGUGGGUUUUCAAGAGAUCUCUUUAUCCAAUGGUGUCAGGAUUCCAAAAACUCUAUCAUUUUAACUUACAGAACAACUCCAGGGACACUAGCAAGAUUCUUGAUAGAUAAUCCUUCUGAAAAAGUUAUAGAUAUUGAGCUGAGGAAACGUGUUAAACUUGAAGGGAAGGAACUUGAGGAGUAUUUAGAAAAGGAGAAGCUAAAGAAAGAAGCAGCUAAAAAAUUAGAACAGUCCAAAGAGGCAGACAUUGAUUCCAGUGAUGAAAGUGAUGUUGAAGAGGAUAUUGAUCAGCCAUCUGUACAUAAAACCAAACAUGAUUUGAUGAUGAAGGGUGAAGGUAGCCGGAAAGGAAGCUUCUUCAAACAGGCCAAGAAGUCCUAUCCUAUGUUUCCAGCCCCAGAAGAGAGAAUUAAAUGGGAUGAAUAUGGAGAGAUUAUUAAGCCUGAGGAUUUCCUCGUUCCAGAGCUUCAAGCAACAGAAGAAGAGAAAAGCAAAUUAGAAUCUGGUCUGACAAAUGGAGAUGAGCCAAUGGACCAGGAUCUGUCAGAUGUUCCUACCAAAUGUAUUUCAGCAACAGAAUCAAUGGAAAUAAAAGCCAGAGUUACAUACAUAGAUUAUGAAGGACGCUCAGAUGGAGACUCCAUUAAAAAAAUCAUUAACCAAAUGAAACCACGACAGUUGGUCAUUGUCCAUGGACCACCUGAGGCCAGUCAAGACCUUGCAGAGUGCUGCAGAGCUUUUGGUGGGAAAGACAUUAAAGUUUAUAUGCCCAAACUUCAUGAGACAGUAGAUGCGACCAGUGAGACUCACAUCUAUCAGGUCAGGCUAAAGGAUUCUCUAGUCAGUUCCCUUCAGUUCUGUAAAGCUAAAGAUGCUGAACUGGCUUGGAUAGAUGGCGUUCUGGACAUGCGAGUUUCAAAAGUGGACACGGGGGUCAUUUUGGAAGAAGGAGAGCUGAGGGAAGAUGAAGACAUGGAAAUGCAAGUGGAUGUGCCUUCUUCGGACUCCAGUGUUAUUGCACAGCAAAAAGCCAUGAAGAGUUUGUUUGGUGAUGAUGAUAAAGAAAUGUGUGAGGAGAGCGAGAUCAUUCCUACACUGGAACCACUGCCCCCACAUGAGGUUCUCGGACAUCAGUCUGUGUUCAUGAAUGAGCCAAGGCUGUCAGACUUCAAGCAAGUUCUUCUGCGAGAAGGAAUUCAAGCUGAAUUUGUCGGCGGUGUUCUUGUAUGCAACAACCUAGUGGCUGUUCGCAGGACUGAAACUGGGCGCAUUGGAUUGGAAGGCUGUCUCUGCCAGGACUUCUAUAGAAUAAGAGACCUUUUAUAUGAGCAGUAUGCAAUUGUUUAAAAGUUGCGCUAUGAAGAUGUCUUUACUUGAACCUUAAAAGAGAAUGUGGAUUUCUACCAUUUUAUUUUUAUGGCUUUCUUUUUGUAGCUUUUGUAACUUAUACAGAGAAUACUAAUUCCUAAGAGAAAUUCCCCAUCCAAAAGCAGUAAACUAAUCUAAACAGGGAAGUAACUGAUAUCUCAGCUCUAUGGUACAUUCCAUGUUGUUGGCUUUCAAACUGUUAAGAUUACUGUUACAAAUGCCACUUUUUGUAUAUUUUUAGUUGUUUGGCAGUGUUUCCUUUGUAAACUUUCUUCCAAGAAGGGUUCAACUGAUCAAACAUGCACUUUGCCAUGAUACAGCGUAUAUAGUUUGUGUAAGAGUUCAAAAUAUAAAAGAAAUCUGUUUUCCUGUUUUUAAAAUUCAAAGAAGGGAAAAGCAGUUUUCUCAUGUAAAGUUUUGUGAUUCAGGUGAGGAAAGGGGUGAGGUUCCUCUUGUGAACAGGAGAAGCUUUGAUUUAUAGUGAAUUUUUUUGGGCCAUUGAAAAUCAGCCUGCAGCUUAUGGUGACUUUCCUCCAAAGGUUAAUAUGCACCUAUGUUAAUGCUGUAACUGUUUCAUGUUACAGAUGGAUACAGUACCAUACAAGGUGUUGUUGAAUACAAUAUCUUAGUAUACUGGGGCAGAAGCAGCUUUUAAAAUAUUGCCAUAAUGUGCUGUAAUACAGAACAUGAUUAAAAAAAAAAUCUGCAAAUGUAUUUGCAAACCACCUGCUUUUAAACUUUCCAGGUACUAUACAGAUGCAUACAGUGUCUAACUUCUAGCUGUUGAAGUAUGUUAUACCAAUUACAAUGCUUUUAUUUAUUUUUUCAACAAAAAAAAUCUGUUUUAUGUUAAUUAGGAUUAGUAAUGUGAUCUGAGUACAGAGUGGGUAGGCCUUUCUUAAAUCUUAAUUCUUCAUUCAUGGAUUUAACUCAUAGGUGCCAGGCUUUAUACAACUUGUUCUGUUGCUGCAGCAGGAUAUAGUACAGCUAGCAGUGCCAAAAUUGUUAAUGAUGAAUAUAGCCUUGGAUGAUUUCACUGCAUGAAUUGAAAAUGGUGAUGGAAUACAAGCAAGGCACUGGCCUGUUCAGAAGAAUGACAUUAGUUCCAGCAUCUGUUUUUGAUCAGUGUUUGAACUUUUUUUUAAACAUAACAUGCCUUAAACUUGUGUUGUACUUUUUUUUGUUUAAAAGGAAAUCUUUUGCUGAAAUACUGGCAAAAUAUUAGCCCUGUGGGCUGCUGAUGGAACAAUAGUUAGACUAAUUUUUUGACUAGUUGGUGUUACAUGGCUGAUCUGCCUAUUUAUACUGUUUAAAAGUUGGAAAGUUAGAGUGACUUAAACUGGGAAGAGUGUGUUCAAAAACAAAACUAAACCAAACUCUGGUACUAGUUGUAAAAAUAUAAUGCAUUUUAAAAUCUUAUGUUGAAUAAGAAGAAAUGUAUUUUGCUAUACACAUUCUUUACUUAAGGCAAAGUGCAAAAUUAAUACAAAACUUGUUUCUCUUUUGCUGUAAAAUGUAAGCUGUGCUUCAGAAAAUAUUCUUUUUGGUCAUACGGGCCAGUAGAAUUUCUUGUUAACACUUUGAAUCUUCAACACCAAUGUUGUGACAGUGUAAAUCUAAAUACUUUUCAGAUGGUUGUCAGCAAAUGUCACUGUUAACAUUGUUCUGAUGUUUUUACAAAGUUCAUUUGUCACAUGAGUGAAUUCUUACCUGGGUAAACAGACCAUGGGGCUUUGACUUGGUGUUGGGGGAGUUGCAUUGUGUGCUGCUGCACUAUGCUGUGCAAAUUACUAAGACCCCCACCAUAUCUUUGGUGGGGUGGGGGUUGGAUUUCAGUCUCAGGAAAACUUCAGAACACACACACUUCUCCCUCCCCAUUCACUUUAAUGAAGACGUAUGAAGUUAGAAGUAUAAAUUUGAAAUUAAAAAUUUACUUGAAUGCUAAAAACUUAAUUAACUUGUAUUUGCUUUGCUCUCAUAAUAGAGGCUGCAUUGGAACCAUAUGUUUCUCUGUAGAUGAAAUCCCACUUUGUGUUUUUAAACUGUACUUCUGUUUCUAAACAAGGAACCCAUCUUCACCAUUUUUUAAUUGAAACACAUCCCUAAUUAACAUUGCUCAUUUAACAAAAAAAGGUGUUUUCCCCAUAAAUACAGCACUGCCAUUUCUUUGUAGGCUUUAUUUUUUCUGGCUUAUGCAACUUCUCUGCUGAUAAUGUUUCUGUAGGCAAACUUUGCCAUCCAUUACCUUUUGUUGUUAACACUUUUUGUCUUCACUGGAUGUAAUUGAGGCCAGAACAUGCCUCAUUAAUUGUAAAUCCUCUGCAUUUUGAGGAUCCUCAAGAUUAUGCAGAAUUUGGGGACUGAAUCCCAGUUCCUUCAUUUUUGUCUCCCACCCCUACCUUUUAGAAUAUGAAGGAAAAUAACGGAAAGAAAUUUUAAGUAAAUGGUGUGUUAUUAUAGACAAGGAGUGUUCAACCAGGUCACUUUACUAUUCUGUAUAUUAAUGUAUCAUGCCAAAGAUUUCCCAGCAUGCAAGGUAAGGCUUACUUUGAAGCUAAAUGACGUCCUUGCGGGCAGGUUCCCCUCUUUUGUUUUAUUUUACCUCAGCUCAGGUACCUGUCAUCAUGAUUGAAAACCUGUGCCCUCCCCUCAUGGCAUUAUCUAGAGCUGCCUGAGGCAAAGGAUCCAGGGCAUCCUUUUUUAAAAGUAAAUUAAUAGAUAGAGGGAGGAUCUGUCCUGUGUUAAACUGGAACUGCUAGGUUUAUAUGAGAGGACUUGAGAGCAGUUUUCUGGUAUAACCACUCUGAAGAAUUUGUAUUUUUGUUGCCUCUAUGUUAACAUAAAUCGCAGGCAGGCAUAUUCAACUUCGUUUGGAACAAACAAAGCACUCCCAUGGAGUUCUAAACAAUGGUCACAAAACCUCUACUGUAAAACACAUUGCCGCUGUGAGAGAGAUCAAAAUUGCUUUGAUAUAGCAUGACACAUACUCAAUUAAUUUUCCAACUGGAAAAGGCAUUUUGCCUGUGAGAACAUUUGAAAGGUCAAACAUAGGACUUCAAAGGCUUACAAUCAGAUUUCAAGAUUGAAAUAGCUGGAAAAUUGUACAGUCCACUAUGGUUGUUAAUCAUCUUUUUUUAAAGAAAAAAAAUCCCCUCAGAGCCUUUAUGCAUAUAUAUUCGUUAAAGAAAUCUGCCCAGUCAGUAGAAAUAUUUUUUCUAUUCCAUAAAAAUACUGGUUAAAUACGUUUCUGGGAUUGAGGUUCACAUAUCAACUUCUUUAUAAUAAGCUCCUAAUUUUAAGUAAUAGUAGCACAAAGGUGAAGCACACAGUCAUAGUACAAAAUCAAUAAAUAAGGUUUAAAAAAAUCUUUGGAUAAGUGAACUAUAAUGUAAGCUAAAUGUGGAGGUCUGACAACCUUGUUAUCACAGAGCAGUGUCCUGCUUAGAAAGAUCUCUGAAUUUUAAAGAUGUAAACUUUUUUUGUUUUAAAAAAAAAUAGCACGCAUCGUUCUGAGGCUUUGUUUUAUAAUGGAAUCUGUAUAAUAAUGACUCCUGUUUCUGAUAGAUGCAGAAUUGGAUAAUUAGCUGAGGCUGCUAGGAAACUUUGGCUGCUAGGAAACUUCCCUAAAACAUGUUUUGCGUGUUCCCAGUAAGAUUGAGUACAUUUGUAAUGACAAGCCUUUACAGUACUGGGAAUCUUCUACUGUGAAGUCUGUCAGGAAACCUAUUUCAUCAAGAAAACAAUCAACAACUGCACAAUUGGACCACCCUGUAUGUAUUGUGGUUGGUAUACAUCACUGAUCAGUGUAGAUCAUAUUGCAUGAUCUCUUGUAGCCUUAUUAUGGAUAAAAUUUGUUAUAUUCUCUUACUUGGAUUCCUCUGGCUAUAGGAGUAAACAUUUUUACUUCCUUUCCCUAAAAGUAAGUUGUAUAGCAUUGGUGUGCAAUGGCUUUCAUGGUCUGCUAUCGAGGGGGCUGCAUUUCAACAAUGAUUAAGUGAUAAAGGUCUUUGGGUGCAACACCUUGAUAUUUAUAAACAGUAGGAGAGAGACUUUGAAAAAUUUUUAUCUACUAUUUUGUCAGGGCAUGAAUGUUAAUGAUGUGCAUUUGGAGUUUCAACCAUAAUGAAAGCAUGGAAAACUGAUACAGUUUUAAUCUGUACUUUUGAAAACUAAGUCCCCAAAUCUCCAUCCAAGGUUUUCAUCAGACUAUGCAUAUUAAACUAGAUUUGAGCCCAGUCUAGUUUAAACUAAAAUUAAACUACAC